AUGCACUUCGCAGACUUUGUCCAGAUCCGCCUUAGUCCGGCUACUCUGCUCCUCCUCACUAUCUUCGGCCAGACCCUGAUCAUGGGUUUUGCAUGGGGCUUCACAGGAGCAAUAUUGUACACAGAAGUUCUCGCACUGCCUGAUCAUGUCGUUCGUCUGAUCGUAAAGUAUCCGACCGAACUGACUUUGAUAGUCACGGUGAUAGCAACUGCUUUGGCGAUCACUACUUCGAUGUACGUCUUCCUCUAUACAUCCAGUCCGAAAUAUUACCCUUCUGCUAUUGCACAGGUUCUUCACAUUUGCCGUCAAAGAAGCGCUUCGGCACCACCUCUCAGGGCCGUCGAUCACACUGUUCAAGCUUCGCACUGCAAUUGCGCUGAGCAGGCCGACCUGGGUAUUGCGACGGAGAUUUCUCAAGCUGUCGCUCCUCACGUUGGUGGUUUAUGCGAUGGUCACAUUUCUGAACACGAGGUCUGCGCUAUUCCCAAUGAACUCGAUGGAGAUAUGUUUGACGCUCGUUUGUACAGUUGGAGCACUUUGCUCCUACCCACCCCUGUCCAAUGGCCUGUGAGAACGUUUGGAACGGAAAUAGACUUGGGAUCUGCUGCCUUCGUAAGUCAAUUGAGUGCAGACCUUACGACUUUGAAUCCGAACGCCGUACAAGCACCUGGGUUUCAAACCAUCAAUGUCUUGACUCUCCUCAGUGGUUUUUCUGCGGUUGACACUCAAGGAGGUGUGGAGACGAGUAGUAUUUUCAGCUUCAACGGAGUUUCGUACAAUCAGUCGACUGGUGGAGUUCUUCCUGCAAUAGAGGAGUACUCUGGAUCAUCGGCCCCACCGGGUUCUAAUGUUGGCCUAGCGUUCACUGGGGGACAAGUACCAGUUAAUACCAGUUUUGACUGGGGACACCUCGGACGCGAUGCAGGCACUCAAGGCAUUUCCAAGAACUACACUGUCACACAGCAGGGUCUCACAGCAAAUGUUACAUGCCAGCCGAUCGACCGCAGUCAUAAUGAGUUUACUGCCCUUAACUCCACGGUGUCAGGCUCGAACAUCACGUUUCUGACGUGGGAAAUUGUUGCGAAUUGUUCAGGAAAUUUAAAUUCAAUUACCUACUUCACCGUUGGCCCCCCGAGCGGUCAGCCGGACAAUGUAACGGAGGGAUUUCUCCCCACCCUUGUGUGUCCCGACCCAGGUUCGACGUCGUUCAACCCAUAUAAGUUUGAUAUCUUCAUGGCUGGCUUGUACAAGUACGACUUCCUGCCAACGGUCGUUUGCGAGGUCGUUCCUUACCUGACCACCGUUAAUGUCACUUAUAAUGGAGGCAUCAUAUCUGUCGAUCGGGUUGGUGAAUCUUCUGGUUCGACAAGCAGUUCGAACAUUCCUGUAUCUCAAUACAUCGCGACUGUGAUGAAUUAUCAAGCGGGGUCAAACCAAGGCCUAGUCAAGAAUACAAUUGGUGACUUUUUGACCGCGUACGGUACGAAUAAUGUAUCAGUGAUGUACAGCGAACUGGAGGAUUACUGGCGUGGUAUUGCGGAGUUUUCCUCUAGUCAACUUCGCGCCGGAUACUCUGCUUCGGGAGCUCCGUCGAAUAUGACAAGGUCGACGAGCGGCACGAUGUAUAUCACGACGUACGGCUGGCGCAGCCGAGCCCAUACGUAUAUCUUUUUACUUGUGGUGAUCAGCAUGAUUUGGCUGGCCACCGUAUCGGCCGCCGGGUACAGCCUCGUCCAAGAAAAAAUCACAGCCACCGAUGCAUCUUUCGACUUUUCUGAUCCCGUUGAUCUCAUCAUCGCGGCAUCCGGCGGAAGAUUUGAAUCACAGCUUCGCGACGAUGACGAGGAGAAAGGCCAAGAUGAGCAUAACGAGGACAUCGCCAUUCGGUUUGAAGAUGUGCGUGACAAGAUGGGGAGGAGGAUCAGCAAGAGACUGGUCACUGUGCCCCCGGAUUCCCCACAGCCUACGAGCGCUUGA